CAUGAAGCAUCUGUGCUCUUCCUGGUUGAUGGACUGGGCUCUACCUUUCCUGCCUGAGCCCCUGCCUCAUGCCCUGUCCAUUUCCAGGAGUUCACAGUCCACCAUGACAUCUGUCACUUGGAAACGACCACCUUGUGACUGAUGUCUUACUUUUACAUCAAUGUUGCACCCUCCUCCCCCGCCCGGUUACACUCUCCCACGUCGACCAAACCAUGCCAAUCUCAUGGCCGGCUGGAGAAGAGUAGAGGUUCCACCGGCAGCACCACCACCUCUUUUGGUGUACCACGAACGUUUGGAUUAUCGUACUCUGACAUCAUUUAGUGCAACAUGCAAAAGGAUUUGCGUUCGUCUACAUGGAAGAUGAACGUGAUGCUGAAGAUGCUAUCCGUAGACUUGAUAGAACUGACUUUGGUAGAACAGGGAGGAGACUGAGAGUCGAAUGGACAAAGGAGGAUCGCAGUGGUGGUCGGAAAGGAAAUGGAAAGAGAUCUCCAAGCAGCGUGAAACCAACCAAAACCUUGUUUGUGAUCAACUUUGAUCCAAUCAACACAAGGACAAGAGAUCUGGAGAAGCACUUUGAUCUGUAUGGCAAGAUUGCAAAUAUCAGAAUCAGAAGGAACUUUGCAUUUGUCCAGUAUGAAACACAGGAGGAUGCUACUAAAGCUCUGGACGGUACUAAUGGAAGCACUGUGAUGGACAGGGUGAUUUCUGUUGAGUAUGCGCUUCGUGACGAUGAUGAAAAAAGGAACGGGUACAGUCCAGACAGGAGAGGAGGCCGUGAUAGGUCUCCUGACAGAAGGGACAAUCGUGGUAGGUCGGCAAGUCCUUAUGGCAGAGGGCGGGAAAGGGGCAGCCCAGACUAUGGCAGGGGCAGGGAGAGGGGCAGCCCGGACUAUGGCAAGGGCGGUGCCAGAGAUAGUCCUGACUAUGUCCGUGGUGGAAGCCCGUACGGCGGCAAAGGGGAUGACAGGGCUAGCCCCAAGUAUGACCGUGAACGCCGUGAAGCCAGUCCUGCCUAUGACAGGCGCCGCAGCCGCUCGCCUGCAAGGGAAGAUAGGGACUGAAGCUGUACCAUGGAUGGCUGCGCUCAAUCCUGGGUGCUUCGGACCAAAUGGAUGCACCGUCCUAGUGCGAUGUUCGCUCAAGUUGGUUAUGUUAGGCAGCCAGGAACUUCUGUAAUAUCUCUCUAUUAGCUAGCUCUAGCUGAAUGCUUUGUCGAUUUAGUUUGAACUGUGAUUGUUAGCUUGAACUUUGUGCAAAGGGAUUCUUCCGGUGAGACCAUUUGCGGAGCGAUGAGAUGUACCGUGUAUCGACCGACAGCAGUAUUCUAGCUUUGCACUUUGGUUA